AAAGUAAAAAAUGCAUGCAUUGUGGCUACGUCUUAAGGACAUAUCUAUUACGUGUAGGGAUUUCAUGUACUUGAGAAAAACGAUCUUUACCGGCCUUCAACUUCCUCUUCCCGUAGCUGGAUAUAAUGGCGUCUGGAACACUUUACACGUAUCCGGAAAACUUCAGAGCUUACAAAGUGCUUAUUGCAGCUCAGUAUUCCGGUGCUCAAAUUAAGAUUGCAGAUGAUUUCGUUUUCGGCGAGACAAAUAAAACCGAAGCAUUUUUAAAGAAAUUUCCAUUAGGCAAGGUUCCAGCAUUUGAAACAUGUGAUGGAAAAUAUAUCACAGAAAGCAAUGCAAUUGCUUAUUAUGUGGCUAAUGAUCAAUUAAAAGGCAAAACUGAUCUUGAACGCGCAGAAAUCAUUCAAUGGUUUGGUUUUGCAGAUUCUGAAAUUCUUCCAGCUAGUUGUGCAUGGGUAUUCCCAUUGCUUGGAAUUAUGCCAUAUAAUAAACAGAAUGUAGAACAUGCUAAAGAUGAUGUAAAAAAAGCAUUGACUGCCCUCAAUUCUCAUUUACUUACACGUACUUACUUGGUUGGAGAACGAUUAACAUUAGCAGAUAUUAGUGUAGCCAUGACAUUACUUCAUUUAUAUCAAUAUAUUCUGGAACCAAAUUUACGUAAACCAUAUCAAAAUGUAAAUCGAUGGUUUCAAACAGUCAUUUAUCAACCUGAGUCAAUGGCUGUAAUUGGUGCCUUUAAAUUGGCUGAGAAAACUCUUGAAUAUGAUCCAAAAAAAUUUGCAGAAACUCAAGGAAAAUCUUCAAAGAAAGAGAAAAAAGAAAAGGAAUCUAAAAAAGAAUCAAAAGAAAUAAAGGAAUCUAAAAAGGAAACCAUUGAAGAUUUAGAUCCAGCAGAUGCUGCUUUAGCUGCUGAACCUAAAACUACAAAUCCUUUUGAUACAUUACCUAAAGGUAAUUUCGAUCUUGAUGAUUUUAAAAGAUUUUAUUCUAAUGAAGAUGAGGUGAAGUCCAUACCUUAUUUUUGGCAAAAAUUCGAUCCGGAACAUUAUAGUAUUUGGCUUGGAGAAUAUAAAUAUAACAAUGAACUAACAAAGGUUUUUAUGUCUUGCAAUCUUAUAAGUGGAAUGUAUCAACGAUUAGAUAAGAUGCGAAAAGGUGCAUUUGCCAGUGCUUGUCUGUUUGGUACAGAUAAUGACAGUAGCAUCAGUGGUAUUUGGGUUUGGCGAGGACAAGAGCUUGCUUUCACGUUAUGUCCAGACUGGCAGGUAGAUUAUGAAUCGUACAGUUGGACUAAAUUAGAUCCAACUAAAGAAGAAACAAAACAAUUGGUUCAACAGUACUUUAGCUGGACCGGGACCGAUAAAGAAGGACGUAAAUUUAAUCAGGGAAAAAUUUUCAAGUAAAAAUUUGCCAUAUGCUUAUUAUUAAACAGAACACUUCGUUUACAUGAAAUAAACGUAAAAAACUGAUAAAAUAUUAUCAAAUUUUACAUGCAAACCCUUAGAAUCCUGUACUGAAAUAGGGUGAUUUUCAAAAAAGAACAAUGUUCCUUCCCAUAGGUUUCUACUGUCUAACUUGAUGCUUUUAUUGUUUAAGUUUAUGUCGCGUUUAAAAUAUUAUUCUAAAAUUAGUUUUAAUGCACGUUUUCCAGUAUUUGGAUUUAUUUUAGCAUCAUACGAACAUUGCUAAUUUUUAAUGAAAUAUGAAUGACAUAAUAUUUACUUUAGCAUAUAUAUUCAUAGAAAUUUUUCUUUGAUAUAGUUGCGUUAAAUUAUUUAAUUUAUAAAUUGUUUUAAUAUGUAUAUCAAACAAAAAUAAUUUAUUAGAAUUAAGAAGUUACCUUAUUCAUUUGUUAUUGUUUAAUAAAAAAGCAUAUAGCAUGAUUUUUGAUAGAAACAGAAAAUUAUAAAUACAUUUAGCACUUAAGUAUGCUGCUACACGUACUAUAAUUCAUCUUCCAUAUACUAAUUUGUGUGAACUAUAGUUUUAAAUAUAAUGCAUAUUUUUACAAAAA